ACAAGCCUCCCUGAUUCCUGAACUCAAGUCAACACUGGAUCCUCGCUUCCAUCUGCCAGCGGCGGCUCGCCAUCCCCCUUGCCCCAAUCCUCGCCGGAGGCGGCGGCGGCGGCAAGAACCCCAUCCAUUCUAGCCCCGUCGCUGUCCUCCUCUCCCACGGCUACUACUCAACCGCCGUCGCGGCGGCCCCCGACCCCGAGCCCUGCCCCGCCACGGUCUCCUGCGGCCUCUCCCCCGCCCCCGCCGCCGCCGCCGCCGCCGCCCGCAACGUCCGUAUCCGCGACACGAACCGCGGCCAUCGCAGCAUCGCUGCAGCUCACUCUCCUCCGAAUCGAGUCGCCUCGUCAGAGUGAAAGGGCGUAAGAUGGUGCUGCAGCGAGCGGUGGCCGAAUGCCCCAAGAAGGUUGCGAGGCUGGUGGACCUGGUCAACCUGCCGACUGCGCUGCGGGAGUUCGCCGGUGGCCGGUCCCAGAUGUCCCAGCUCUCCUUCUUCCUCCGCGUAUGGUCUCACAUCAAGGAACACAACCUACAGGACCCAACGAAUAAGAAUAUUGUGAACUGUGAUGAGAAGCUGAAGACUGUAUUAUUGGGGAGGUCCAAAGUGCAGCUCUUAGAACUCCCAAUGAUUGUUAAGCUUCAUUUCCCAAAAGCUCCAAAGUCGUGACAACAUUAAUUUAGAGGUGCUGUAUAUUGAAACUCUCUGGAAACUGGAUAGAUAUAUGUUUGUCUGGGAUAGACGGCAUCAUGUAUGCGUUGCUUUAUUGAAAUUUCCAUUUAGGCUAAGUGACAGAACCAUGUAUACGUUGCUUUGCUGAAAUUUCCAUUGAUAGACUAAGUACUGCAAA